AUUAGUGACAUUUAAGGGUUAUCCUAAUAAUAUGCAUUAUUUUAUCUUCAUUGUGUUACUUUCAGAUAUAAAAUGAUUUUCGGUACGUUUAGGUGCGUGUAAAUAGUGAAAAAUUUUGUGUAACAUCACCAAGAAUGGAUUUUGUGAAAAUUGAGGAUUCUUUCAUUACGAAUCAAACUUUCUAUAAUACAUUGAAGCAAAUCAAAUGAAUAAAAAUGCUUUUAUUGUUACACAAAGAGGAGAUUAUUAUUUUUUUGUAAUGAAAAACGAAUUUUUACACCUGAUAGCUCUGAUAAAUACUUACUCAAUAUACUAUUAUAAAUUGCGUAGAAACAAAUUCGACUGGAUUUUAUAUUGCUCUCGUUUAAAUAGCUUUUGCAAUUUAUUAUGAGUGUAGCCACGAAUAAUGGAUUGAUGAAAAAUGACAAUCAAAACGAACUUUACAAGCUCUCUAGAAAAAUUGCAGAUCUCGAAAGCAGAUUUCAGUUCCAACAGGACAACAAUAACCAUCUAUCAACUUCAUUAACGAACUAUGAGAAAUUGAAAACGUCUCAGCUUCAACUCAAUCUCGAUAUAGAAAAAAUCAAAUAUCAAAACCAACUUGCUUACGAUUGGAGAAAAAAGACUGAUUCAAUUCUGGAGGCUUUGAAAGUGAAUUUAUCAAGUAUAGAUAGAGCGAAAAGAGACUUAGAUAGCAAGGUUAUGGGUUUGCAGACUAGGAUGAUGCUUAUAGAAAAACUACAAGACCAAAUAAGUGGACUUGUAGAUAGUUUUCGAAGAGAACAAGCUUACAACAGACAAGUAGAUAUGAGCUUCGAAGAAAACUUCGAGGAAAUUAAAAAAACGUCGGCUCAAGAAAAUGCAAAAAAUCUAGCGAUACUCGGCGACGUUAAAGAUGCUUUAGACAUAACAAAACAAGACAUGGAAAACGCCAAAGUUCAACUAGAAGAUCAUGGAAUCAAAUUCACUAAUAUCAUCUACGAUUUGAGAGGAGUAGGACAAAGCGCUUCCGAAGCUAUUAAAAAAAUGGAAAAUAUGGAAAAAGAAUACGAAAAUUUGAAAAAAGAAUUCACCCAGAUGAAGUUAGAUAUGGAAAUAUUAGAAGGACUUACCAGUUCGAAUGAUUUCAGACCAGGACCUGGGAGAUUGUUAUGGAGGAUCACAGAAGUCGAUGCUAAAAUGAUUCAAGCGAAACAAUCAGGAAAUGUGGUUAAAAGCCCCAUAUUUUUCACACACGAAUAUGGAUAUAGGGUUAGGGUGUUAAUGUAUAUGAAUGGAUUAAAAAAAUGGAAAGAUAGAUAUGCAUUGUUAUGUCUGCAUGUUCUUAAAGGAGAUUUCGAUAUGGUACUAAAGUGGCCUUGUAAUAUUGAAGGAACCGUAGUAUUACGAGAUCUUGAUGAUUUAGAAAAGGCGAAGCCUUUUACUAAAGUAAUAACCGCAAAACGACAAACAGGAAACGAAGAAUGUGAAGAACCACAAGAAUCUUCUUCGUGUUAUAUAUUCAUUCCCCACUCAACUCUUUUGAAAAGUAACUAUGUUAAAAACGAUACGAUAUUUCUCGAUAUCAAAAUACGCCAAAAUAAUAAACUUGAAACUAGUUUGUAAUAGAAUUUGUACCUGAUAUUAAAAUUUCAUUUUGAAUUUGUGAUUAUUUUUUAUUCAUAA